AUGUAUCUCCCCUCUCCCAAUUCCACCUUCACCAUCCCCUCCGUCCAUGACGGCAUCCAGCUCGACUGCCGCAUCUAUCUCCCCCGCGAACUCCAGCAACCAGAUAAUGCAUCACGAUCACGUUGGAGAAAACAAGGGAUGAUUGUAGCUCACCCUUAUGCUCCUCUGGGAGGCUGCUACGAUGAUCCAGUGGUGAGCUUUGUUGGCGGGGAGCUUCUCCGGUCUGGAUAUGUUGUGGGCACAUUUAAUUUCCGAGGAGCUGGGGGCUCAGAAGGAAGAACUAGCUGGACAGCAAGGCCUGAAUUGGCGGAUUAUGUGUCUUUCUACGGGUUUAUGCUGCAUUAUCUGGGUUCCCUUGUGACAGAAGGCGAUAUCCAUAUUAUCCUCGGGGGCUAUUCUUAUGGAUCGAUGAUUGCUUCGCACCUCCCUAGCAUUGAAGUCGUCGCGGGCCUCUUCGAAAACGCUCCCAAUGAUAGUGCGAUGAGUGCGAUUUGUCAAACGGCAAAGGAAAUGGCUACUUCGACAAACGGACGUCUUACCAUGCAAGUUCGAGCAUCGUCACAGGAAGCGUCUAAAACAGCACCUCAAAAAACGAUUUCUUAUCUUCUUAUAUCCCCCAUCCUACCACCGAUUAGUUCAUUCCUGACAUUGUUCGGCACCUUUUCCAUAGAAGUUCGGAUGGGGACAGCUGCGCCUGGAAAGCAUAUUCCUUGCCCGAAGCCAGCUGAUCAACUGUCUGCACACGACACGCUUGUCAUCUACGGAAAUGAGGACACUUUCACGCCAGCAAGCAAAUUACAGAAUUGGUCGAAUGGGAUAGCUAAGGUUGCGGGAAGCAGGCUUGAGUCUCACGAGGUUGAUGGCGCUGGGCAUUUCUGGCGAGAGGACGGCGUCGAAUUGCGGGCUAGAAGUGUUUUGAGAGAUUGGCUGAGCCGGAUUUCUGAUAACUUGUGA